AUGGAUAUAAAUAAAAUAUGUAAUAAAGAAACUAUAGAGCCGUUAAGCCUUAUUUCGUCUUUGGAAGCUGAUUUUAAUUUUGAUACGAAUAUUGAAAAGCCUGUUUUGGGAUCUGAUCUUAUGGGACCAUUGGCAGAAAUUUUACCUACAAAUUAUUCGUACAUAAUAAAUGAAUUUCGUGAAAUCGAUCCAUUAAUUACUGAUGAGAACAUU